CUAGGCUGCCUGAAAACGAAUGAAGGUCACAUGCUUACCGGUAAACGGGGAUGUUGUGUAAACGUGAUGCGAGAAAGUGUAUUAGUUUAAACAUCCAGGAAGCCGCUGACCAGCCAGUACCGGUUCGGGGAGAGCUUUAUGAUGGAUACCCUGAAAAACAUAAUAUUGUGCUCGAUCUUCUGUCUGGGUUCUGGAUCAGCGGAACCGACGCCGGCUGCUGGGCCUGAUGAGUCACAUGAGGAGAUCCACGUGGAGGCCGGAAACGACGUCAUUCUCAGCUGCCAGUAUCUCCAAUCUGCAGAAAUCACAGCACUGAAGUGGUACCGGUCCGACACGCAGGACUACGUGUUCUUCUAUCGGGAGAAACGGCAGUAUGAACGUUACCAGAACCCACUGUUUCAGGGCCGAGUGCAGCUGAUGGACCCUCAGAUGAGGAACGGGAAUCUGUCCAUCGUCCUGUCCAACACCUCGCUGAACGACGCUGGAACCUACUGCUGUGAUGUCGGGGUCGCCAGAAGGAAAAGAGCCGAUCCAACUGAGACCAUACAGGUCAUCCUCCUGAAGGUCACGCUACCAGCAGACGAACCCACCAAGGAUGGAGGAAGCAACCAGGAUGGAGGAAGCAACCUUGCUCUGAAAGUGGGUUUGCCAGUAGCUGCUGUUCUGUUGGUCGGUGGUUCUGUUGUCGCUGCGAUCAUUUAUCGAAGGAGGAACCAAGGAACUCAACAUCCUGUCAAUCAAAAUGACUCAUUGUGACCAUGUGACCAUUAAUCCACAAAUACGUUGGGACGAGGUCACACCUUUUGUCUUAUUGAUGUGAUGGUUACUCAGGUGCUCAGGGUUUGUUCUGUAAUCAGCAGGUUGCUGGUUCGUAUCCCUGCUCCAUCCGUCUCAGUAGUUAUCGAUGUCACCCGCCGGGCCUGCUGACUGUGGUCAGAGGGCCCGGUGGCGCCGAUUGUCAGGUGGAUGACUGAUUGUAGUGUAAAGUGCUUUAUAGUCUCUGGGGACUUGAGGAAGCGCUAUACAAGUCCAGGUCAUUUACCAUUUAUUCACUGCAGCUUAACUGUCAUGUUUUUCACCUCUUUGAUUUCCAAUCUUUUAUUUUCCGGGCUUUAGAACCAGAAUAUCCUGGGAAAAGAAACAGCCAUCAUUCCAGAUAUCAACAGAUGUUCCUGUGGAAAACAAACAGCUUUACCUUUUAAAAUGUGACGAUGGAUCGAUGAUGGACCCUUGAACCAAAGUACACGACUGUAAUAUAAACUCCUAAAGCGUGAACCGAAAACGACUCGAGGACCAAACUCUAUGGUAAACAUUAUUUUAUUUUGCACAUUUAUUGAAAUUAUAGCAGAAAAUGUUUGCGAGCCAGAAAGCAGGAAACGUCUCCCUCUCAUUCAGACGGCAUUAAACUCUGAGGUCUGAUGAGCCUUUAAACCUCGAUCUGAAUGGAAAAGUUAAAGUCUGCUGAGCUCCGUCUCUCUGUGACCUUACUGCUGAAUGGAGACUACGGCACACUUUCUAUUGGAAGCUGAUAAGGUUAAAGUUCAAUUGUUAUUUUAAAGUGCAUCAUGGGAAACUUGAAGUAUUACUGCAGCUGCUAGUCGAACAGAAAGCUUUACUAACCGCCUCAUAAUGUUUUAAUAGUUUAACUGUUAUUUUAAAUGUUUACCAGCCGACAUCGUUUGAUGAUAAGAGUCAAAGCUGCAUUUAUAUUCCUCAGAUGGAGGAAUAUGAAGCCAUAUUUUUAAGAGAAUAAAAUGACUUUUUAUCAGA